AUGCUGCAUUACAAUUGGCACAAAGAUUAUUCUUUGUCUUUGAAAGCUUUGGGAGACUCAGCAGCAAAGUCUUUUUCUUUCAUCAGUCCUGCUUCUCCCGGGCCCCCGCAGCAGCAGCAGCAGCAGCAGCAGCAGCAGCAGCGGACGCCCACAGCGGUCGCCGCAGCAGCGUCCUCUUCACCCAUGUGCGACUCCCCCAGGGAGACGCCGGCAGCAGCAGCAGCAGCAGCGGACAAGGAGCUGCUGCAGCAGCAGCAGCAGCAGCAGAGGCAGCAGCAGCAGCAGCAGCGGCAGGAGCUGCAGCAGGAGCUGCUCAAACUCCACGAACGGCAGCAAAUGUGGCAGCAGCAGCAGCAGCAGCGGCAGCAAAAAAAUGCACGAUCCCCCCUCAAAGAAACCCUCAAACAAUUCAUGCCUUACGAACUGGACUGCCCGCGCAUGGGCGUGCAGUGCUGGCUGGACAUGGCGGUGAUCUCCACGGAGUCUCUUUUGAUUUUAAAAUUUUAUUUUCUAGAAGGAGCGCUGCAGCCCCACCCGCCCUGCCCCCAAUGGGUCAAGGUCACUCCUGCUGCUGCUGCCGAUGAUGAUGAGGCUUCUGCUGCUGCUGCUCCUGCUCCUGCUGCUUAUGUCGAUGGUGAUAAGGCCGCUGCUGCUGCUGCUGCUGCUGUUGAUGACGUUUUUUGUCUCUUUUUGUCUGCUUUUGUCGUUUUUGUCUCUUUUUGA